AUGGCCAGCUCGUCUACACUUCCAGUCAUCAAAGGCUCCUCACCAACUCGCUCUUUGAGUGUAGCGGUGGCUGAACAAGAGGCCUCGCUCGUGCGACAGGUGGAGCAUUGGCGCCAGAUGUACUUGGACGCCGAGGCAUCCGUUACUCAAGCCAGGGCUGAUGAGGCACUCCUGCAGAAACAGCUGUGUGGUGUGCUCGAGCGAGAGCGUUUGCUGGCUUCAAAGAAUUUGGAGCUUCGCUGCGCCUCGCAAGCCAAGCAAGCGGAUGAAGAGGAACAAGCCCGGCAAAAGGUUGCGCUUUGCGAGCAACUCAGCAGCGCGCACGUGAUGUUGCACCGUAAGGAGGAAGAGCUGCAAGACAGUCGGAGGCAGUCCAUCAAUCGAGGCGAGCAGGUGGAAAAGUUGAGGGAUCAUCUUCAACAGAACCUCUUUGACAUGAAGCAACACAAGGCAAUGAAGUCAGAAAUCGCUGACCUUCGAGAGGAGCUGGAAGCGUCCUUGAAGAAGAUUGGUGCAAAAGAGCACCUUUGUGACACCAUGGAUCAGGAGCUGAAGUUGUUGCGAAGUCAGCUGGCGGCAAAGGAGGUAGAGUUGGCCCAGUCGAAAGGAGAGCUGAAGAAGAAGACUGCCGAGGCCGAGCAGCAGAGCAAGUCCCUCCAGCGGGAGCUCUCGGACGUGCAAGCACAACUCGAUGCAUCUCUGCAGAAGAUGCCGAAGAAGGAGCAAGAACUGCAGCGGCUUCAGGCGCAGUUGGUCGAGAAGCUGGGUCAGAAUUUGAAAGACGGCCAGCUCCAAAAGCUGCAGAAGGGCCAGGACGCCACGAACGUGGAGCUGGCCGAACUUCGCGGCAGGUUGGAGGUCGCUUUGGAAGACUGCGCCGCCAAGGAGCUCGAAGUGGCGAAGCUCAAGGAUGACCUUGCCAAGGAGCACGAUGCCUGCAAAGCAGCUGUGUCCGAGAACAGCGGUUUACGGCAGAUCUGCUGCGACAAGCUGAGCGAGCUCGGGGAGCAGGAGGUGAAGCACCAGAGGCUCGUGACGCUGCUGGAGGCCGAGAAGGACAUGUGGCUUCAGAGGAGUGACCAUCUGGAGAAGGCCAACGCUCGUUUGCGAGUGGACUUGCAGAAGAACCUGGACGUGGCUGAGGCAGAGAUGACUUUGACACCGACGCCGCCACCCCGACGCCCAUCCACGGCGGGAUCAUUUCGUGACAGGGUUGGCCGGACCCUCCUUCAACAUCGGGUGUGCGAGGGCAAGACGAGGAGCUUUGAUGCGGAAGAAAGGGAGGCUUGA